AUGGCCAGCCCUGUGGAAGCAUCUCCAGCAGGCCAUGCCAGUGGGUUGGGUCCCCACCGGAGAAAGAGAAUCACAUUUAGUGUUGGGCAGCUGCUGGAGUUGGAGCGGGUGUUUGCAGCACGACCCUAUCCUGACAUUGGUACCCGUGAACACCUUGCCCAACUCACUCGCCUACCGGAGGCCAAGAUACAGGUGUGGUUCCAGAACCGCCGGGCCAAGAAAAUCAAGAACAGAAAUCCAGGAGGCCUAAGUCCCAGGCCUGAGCCUCCCCAGAGCUGCUAUUCUCUUCCAGAUACCCCCCAGCAGCCCUGGGCACCCCCAACGCUGGUCCAGCCUCCAUCUGCCACCAGCACAGCUCAGUGUACCCCGGUGUGUUCACAGGCCCUGUGUGCAGCUCCCAGCUUGGGUCUAGGUCAGGGCUGGGCAGUGACGAAAGCUGUAGCCCCACGGGGACCUGCUGAGGUCUCAGGGGUCCACCCUUCUUUGGAGCAAGCUACUCCUCAAACCUCAUUGGGCAGCCUAUCUGACCUUAUUUAUGCCUCAGCUGUUAUCACCAAUGUGGACCACUCCUGA